AUGCAGGUAGGUGCUCAAGUGUUCACAACAAAAAAUACUAAAGUCAAAACUUUCUCAACAUCAUCAACAACAAUGAAUAGUAUUACUCCACCUAAUAGUCUAUUAGCAUUACCCUCAAAUAAUACAAAACAACGUCCAAAUCGUUUAUUAGUUGAUGAUGCCGUUAACGAUGAUAACAGUGUUGUUGCGUUGUCACAACAAAAAAUGGACGAAUUACAAUUAUUUCGUGGUGAUACAGUUCUAUUAAAAGGCAAAAGACGAAAAGAAACAAUUUGUAUUGUAUUGGGUGAUGACACAUGUCCAAAUGAACGUAUUCGAAUGAAUCGUAUUAUUAGAAAUAAUUUAAGAGUUAGACUAGGUGACAUUGUUCAAAUUCAAGCAUGUCAAGAUGUGAAAUAUGGAAAAAAAAUACAGGUUUUACCCAUUGAUGACACUGUGCAAGGUAUCACAGGAAAUUUAUUUGAAGUUUAUUUAAAACCAUAUUUUGUUGAAGCUUAUCGUCCUGUGCGUAAAAAUGAUGUAUUUGUUGUACGUGCAGCAAUGCGUGCUGUUGAAUUUAAAGUUAUUGAAACGGAUCCAGCUCCAUAUUGUAUUGUUGCACCUGAUACUGCCAUCCAUUGUGAAGGUGAUCCAAUUAAACGUGAAGAAGAAGAAGCAUCAUUAAAUGAAAUUGGUUAUGAUGAUAUUGGUGGAGUUCGAAAACAAUUAGCACAAAUCAAAGAAAUGGUUGAAUUACCAUUGCGACAUCCACAACUAUUUAAAACAAUCGGUGUCAAACCACCCAGAGGCAUUCUACUAUAUGGCCCACCCGGAACAGGCAAAACAUUGAUAGCACGUGCUGUUGCGAAUGAAACUGGCGCUUUUUUCUUUUUAAUCAAUGGUCCUGAAAUCAUGUCAAAAUUAGCCGGUGAAUCUGAAUCAAAUUUACGAAAGGCAUUUGAAGAAGCUGAAAAAAAUUCGCCAGCUAUUAUAUUCAUUGAUGAAUUAGAUUCUAUUGCACCGAAACGCGAAAAAACACAUGGUGAAGUUGAACGACGUAUUGUCUCACAGUUAUUAACAUUGAUGGAUGGUUUGAAACAACGUGCUCAUGUUAUUGUAAUGGCUGCCACGAAUCGUCCAAAUUCAAUUGAUCCUGCUCUUAGACGAUACGGUCGUUUCGAUCGUGAAGUUGAUAUCGGCAUACCGGAUGCUGUUGGACGUUUAGAAAUAUUACGUAUUCAUACAAAAAAUAUGAAAUUAUCGGAUGAUGUUGAGUUAGUUCAGAUAGGAAAUGAAACACAUGGUUAUGUUGGUGCCGAUUUAGCAUCAUUAUGUUCAGAAGCGGCUCUACAACAAAUUCGAGAAAAAAUGGAUGUUAUCGAUUUAGAAGAAGAUACAAUUGAUGCCGCAGUUCUCGACUCAUUAGCUGUUACACAAGAGAAUUUCCGUUUUGCAUUAGGUCAAUCAAAUCCAAGUGCAUUAAGAGAAACAGUUGUCGAAGUACCGACAGUUACAUGGGAAGAUAUUGGUGGAUUGGAUGGUGUCAAACGAGAAUUACAAGAAUUAGUACAAUAUCCCGUCGAACAUCCAGAAAAAUUUUUAAAAUUUGGCAUGACACCAUCGAGAGGAGUGUUGUUUUAUGGGCCACCUGGUUGUGGUAAAACGUUAUUAGCAAAAGCUAUUGCCAAUGAAUGUCAAGCCAAUUUCAUAUCCAUCAAAGGGCCCGAGUUGUUGACAAUGUGGUUUGGCGAAUCCGAAGCAAAUGUUCGUGAUGUAUUUGAUAAAGCUCGUCAGGCAGCACCAUGUGUAUUGUUCUUCGAUGAGUUAGAUUCAAUUGCUAAAUCACGUGGAGGAAGUGCUGGUGAUGGAGGUGGAGCAGCUGAUCGUGUUAUAAAUCAAAUCUUAACUGAAAUGGAUGGAAUGGGAGCGAAGAAAAAUGUCUUUAUUAUUGGAGCAACAAAUCGUCCAGAUAUUAUUGAUUCAGCGAUACUACGUCCAGGUCGUCUUGAUCAACUUAUUUAUAUUCCGUUACCAGAUGAAAAAUCUCGUAAAGCUAUAUUCAGAUCAGCAUUACGUAAAUCUCCCGUCUCAAAAGACGUUGAUGUUGAUUAUAUGGCUACCGAAUUAAAGGGAUUUAGUGGCGCUGAUAUAACUGAAAUUUGUCAACGUGCAUGCAAAUUAGCCAUACGUGAAUCAAUUGAAAAAGAAAUAAAUCGUGAAAAAGAACGUCAGCGAAAUCGAGCAACAGCAAUGGAUGAUGAAUUUGAUCCCGUGCCAGAAAUUCGACGUGAUCAUUUCGAAGAAGCAAUGAAAUUUGCACGACGUAGUGUUUCAGAUAACGAUAUUCGUAAAUAUGAAAUGUUCGCACAAACAUUACAACAAUCAAGAGGUUUCGGUUCAUCGUUUCGUUUUCCAGAACAACAACAGCCAAACCAAUCACAAGGUAGUGGACAUGGUACGGGGCACGAUGCGGACGAUUUAUACGAUUAA